AUGUGUCAUAAAUUGAUUUCGGUGUAUGCGUGCAACCACUCCAAAAUCAUCUGCACCACACCAUGUCCAUAUGCGUUCGACACUGGCGGUAGAAUUCCUCGGCGAAAGUGCAACGAUCAAGACCUAUCCUGCUCUGACUCGACAGUGUCCUCUCUCGCUCCUUCUAUCCGACUUGAGGAACACCCUGCCCAGCUGCGCUCGCCACCUGCAUCAAGGCCAGGCUUGCCUCUUCCAACUCCACAGCAAAUAAGCCAACAGUCAACAAAAAUUGCGUCAGCGCCAGCCUUCCGCUUCAUCCCGCGUGCUCCCUCACCUUCACAUGUCGGCAGCCCGUCGCCAGGCUACACCCCGCAUUCACCUGAAUCUGAGCACUCCCUCCAAACCUCGCCUUCAGCCGCCUUGCUCCCAGAUGAGCAGUUCGACAUCGAUCCCAACUUCUGCGAUUACCAUUUCCCGCACAAUCUACCAACGUCCAAGCUCCCCUCAUCCGAUGGUGAAGCCGGAGGAUUUGGAGAGUCUUGCUGGGAUCAAGGACUUGAGAGAAGAGCACGAGAGGAGAGUUGGGCGAGGAAUGUGAUUGGUGCAGGCAAGGACGAGGACAAGAGCGGAGGAAGCGUGUAA